AUGAAUUUCAAAAUUCCUCUAUUAUUGGUUGUGAUUGCUUUGUCAACAGAAAUAGUCUUUUCCCAAAGUUGUUAUCCGACGACAUGGUCUACUUGGGCUUGUAGUGUAACUUGUGGCAAUGGUAGUUAUUCACGAUCAAGAAAUUGUAUAUCAAAUACAACAGAUACUUGCAAUAGCUGUUGGGAAACAUCGUAUCUGGCAACUGAAGUUCAAACAAUGGGUUGUAUACGUGAUCCAUGUCCUUAUUGUACAUGGACAAAUUUCACUGUAUUCCCAUGUUCAGCAUCAUGUAAUACUGGUUUUCGAUUACGAACACGUCAAUGUUUGACAGCCGGUGGUCAAUCAUGUGGUACAUGCGAUGGUAGUGAUGUUAUAUCUGAGUCUUGCACAGAACUACCAGCAUGUCCUGAUUUAUGUCCAAUCAAUAGUCAUAUUGAACGAAAUUAUACAGAUUGUGGUGUUACUUGUCAAAAUCGUGUGGGUAAUUCAACUUGUACAGUGCAAUCCGUUGGAUGUGUAUGUGAUGCGGGCUAUUUUCGUGAUUCUAUUGGUGGACAAUGUGUACGAGAAUGUAAUUGUGGUUGCCUUGAUUCUACAACUGGUUAUCAUCCGUUACGUCAAGUAUGGAAUGCAACUUGUACUACAUAUAUAUGUAAUUCUGGUGGUGUUAUUGAAAACAUUGGCUCUAUUUGUAAUACUAGUGUGAUACCGACACCAGUCAAUGGUGGUUGGACUGAUUGGCAAAAUCCUACUCCAAUUGUUUGUUCAGCAACUUGUGGUAAUGGUUCACGACCACAAUAUCGUACUUGUACAAAUCCAACACCACAAAAUGGUGGUUUAUAUUGUUCUGGUUCAGGCGUACAAUUAAUUAAUUGUUCAACUAAUAUUACAUGUCCUGGUUCGGAUAUAUGGUCAAAUUGGUCAACAUGGAGUGGAUGUAGUGUGACUUGUGGUAAUGGUACACGUACAGCUUAUCGAAAUUGUACAAGAGCAGUAUCUGGUGCAUCUGGUUCUGCUUCCUGUAAUGGAUCAAGUAUUAAUGUAACAGCUUGUUAUGCUGGAGCUUGUCCGAUCAAUGGAGCAUGGAAUGCAUAUAGUACUUAUUCAGCAUGUUCAUCAAUUUGUUCUCCUGGUUUGAGAGCUAGUCGUCGUAAUUGUGUUAAUCAAACAUCUGGUGGAUUAUCAUGUAUUGGUUAUGGACUUCAAUUUCAAAAUUGUUCAGGAUAUAAUGAAUCCUAUCAAUGUGAUGCUAUUGGUUAUUGGAGUAAUUGGACAAGUUGGAGUACAUGUUCUGUAUCGUGUGGUAUUGGUUAUCAAUAUCAAACUCGAAGAUGUCUUGGCGCUGGUUUUGGUUGUGUCGGUGAAGCAAUAAAUACAACAACUUGUGAUACAAAUGUAGUUUGUCCAAUUGACGGAAAUUGGACUAGUUGGUCAAGUUGGUCUUCAUGUCCGGCAACAUGUGGUACAGCUACAGUAUAUCGAACACGUAAUUGUACUGGUGCAUCUAAUGGUGGUGUUUGCUUGGGUUCUGCUCUUGAUACACAAUUAUGUGAUACAAAUGUUAGUUGUACUAGAUUGCCAUAUAAUGCAACUAAUGGAGGUUAUACUGCAUGGUCAAAGUGGGGUUCAUGUUCUAGUACAUGCGGAUCGGGUAUACAAAUACAAACAAGAUCGUGCACCAAUCCACUGCCAAGAUAUGGUGGUAGUUAUUGUGUUGGAUCUCCUAUUAAUAUUACAUCUUGUAAUUCUACACAACCAUGUCCAAUCAAUGGUAAUUGGUCAGUUUGGUCAAAUUUUUCAGCAUGUAGUGGUACAUGUGGAAAUGGUGAAAGAUCACGUACGCGUAUUUGUGCAAAUCCUUCUCCAUCUAAUGGUGGUCAACAAUGUGAAGGAGCAGCAGUUGAAAUACAAGAUUGUGCAACUGGUAUUGAUUGUCCUGUGGAUGGAGUCUGGGGAAAUUGGAGUUUAACUAUAUCGUGUUUUGGUAUUUGUGGUAAUGGUACACAAAUCUAUACACGUAAUUGUACACCACCAAUUGGCGGUGGUCUAAUGUGUGCGGGUGCAACACGACGAGAAGAAACAUGUGAUCUUAAUCGACCAUGUCCAAUUAAUGGUGGUUGGAGUGAUUGGAGUAAUUUUACAACGUGUAGUGUUACAUGUGGUGUUGGUGUUUAUUCUCGAAUUCGUGAAUGUAAUAAUCCAGUACCACAAUAUGGUGGAGAUUUAUGUAUUGGUCCACCGCUUGAAACAGCUUAUUGUUUAACAAAUGUAUCAUGUCCAAUUGACGGUGGAUGGACUACUUGGACAGGUUGGUCAAAUUGUUCAUUGAAUUGUUCAGGUGGUAUACAAACACGAACAAGAAAUUGUACAAAUCCAUCACCAGCUUACAAUGGAGCUCCAUGUGUCGGUUCAAGUUAUCAAUAUCAAACAUGCAAUGAUGAUAUUGCUUGUGUUAUCUUGAUCACAGGUUCUCCUAUUAAUGGAACUUGGAGUACUUGGACGACUUGGGCAUCAUGUGCAGGUACAUGUGGUAAUGGAACUCAAACAAGAUAUCGUAAUUGUACGGGACAAUAUAAUGGUGGUUAUCCAUGUAUUGGUUCUACAAUUGAAUCUCAAAUAUGUAAUACCAAUGUAACAUGUCCAAUCAAUGGUGGUUGGUCAAGUUUUACAAAUUAUGGACCAUGUUCAGCAACAUGUGAUAAUGGAACACAAGUACGUACACGUAAUUGUAAUAAUCCUCUGCCAUCAUUUGGAGGAGCACAAUGUUACGGUGAUACAAAAGAAACACGAGCAUGUUCAUCAAAUAGAAAUUGUCCAAUUGAUGGUGGAUGGUCAACUUGGGCACAAUCAGCAUGUUCAUCAACAUGUGGAGUUGGUUAUCGAAUUCGACAGAGAAAUUGUUCAAAUCCAACACCACAAUAUGGUGGUACUUAUUGUAUUGGUUCAGCAGUUGAUACAAUUCUAUGUAAUGCAUCUAUUCUUACAUGUCCAGUUAUGGGAACAUGGGGUACAUGGGUAAAUGCUACAAGUUGUUCAGUUUCCUGUGGUUAUGGUAUUCGUAUACGUAAUCGAACAUGUCUUCCAAUUGGUUCGAUUAAUUGUGUUGGUGAUUCAGUUCAAGUUGAAACAUGUGAUUCAGGAGUUAGUUGUGCUACUCCAGCUCCUUGGGAUUCGGUCAAUGGUAAUUGGAGUGAAUGGUCUAAUUGGUCACCGUGUUCUGUAAGCUGUGGAAAUGGUACUCAAUAUCAAACAAGGGCUUGUAAUACGUCAACUCCUUCAGAAGGUGGAUCAUUAUGUAGAGGUGAUGCUUUAAGAAUACAGACAUGUGGUACAAAUGUUGCUUGUCCAGUCAAUGGUAAUUGGUCAACAUGGGGAAGUUAUUCACCUUGUAGUACAACAUGUGGUCCUGGUAUUCGAACUCGAAUUCGAUAUUGUAAUAAUACAAAUAAUUUUAAUGAAUUAUGUAUUGGACAAGCUUUGGAAACAGCAGUAUGUAAUCUCAAUGUUACAUGUCCUGCGGUUGGUGUUUGGAGAAGCUGGAGUAGUUGGAGUACAUGCAGUGGUAGUUGUGGUACUGGUCUUCAAGUUCGAACACGAAAUUGUAAUGUAACAGCUGGAGGUGAACAAUGUUCUGGUUCACCAUUAGAAGCUCAACAAUGUAAUACAAAUAUAACAUGUCCAAUUGCUGGUGGAUGGGGAACUUGGACAAAUUGGACAGCUUGUUCAUCAGCUUCAUGUGCUGCUGGUAGUAGUUAUCGUUUUCGAACAUGUAAUAAUCCUGAACCUUCUAAUGGUGGGCAAUUAUGUACGGGUGAUGCAAUGGAAACUAGAGUAUGUUAUGGAUUACUUACAUGUCCAAUAGAUGGUGGUUGGUCAUCAUGGGGUGAAUGGUCAACAUGUUCGUCAACUUGUGCUGGUGGUCGCCGUUAUCGAUAUCGAAAUUGUUCUAAUCCUGUACCAUCCAAUGGUGGUUUGUCAUGUAUUGGAUCAUCGGUUGAAAUUGAUGGUACAUGUGGUAAUUCUACAUGUGGUUCUAAUCCUGCUGUUGAAAUUGGUGUGUGGGAAAAUUGGAAUGCAUGGUCAGAAUGUGCAGCUACAUGUGGAUUUGGUAUCAGACGACGAACACGAAAUUGUACAACAACCGGUUUACCUUGUAUUGGCUUAAAUUAUGAAAUAGAAUCAUGUAAUUCAUCUAUUAAUUGUCCUGUGGAUGGUAUUUGGGGAACUUGGAGCAAUUAUUCUGCUUGUACUGCUUCAUGUAGUAGUGGUACACAAACACGAACACGUCUUUGUAUCAAUCAAUCUGAUGGAGGACAAUCAUGUUAUGGUUCAGGGACACAAACAAUUUCAUGCAAUACAAAUGUCACGUGUCCAAUUAAUGGACAAUGGACAACAUGGAGUUCACAAAGUUCUUGUUCAGCUACAUGUGGUACCGGAUUUACGGUUCGUACACGUACUUGUACACAAAUAAUACCAACAUUUGGUGGUGUCUCAUGUCCUGGUUCUUCAUUACUUUAUGAAACAUGUACAUCUGCACAAAAUUGUUCAAUCAAUGGACAAUGGGGUGCAUGGAGACCAUGGUCAGCUUGUACAGCUACUUGUGGUAAAAAUGCAACAAAAUAUACUACUCGAGUUUGUGAUAGUCCAGCACCAUUAUAUGGUGGUACUGGUUGUAUAAGCGUAGCAUUCAAUGUAACGACGUGUACUGAAUUAUCCGAUUGUCCAUUAUGCCAACCGAAUGAAGUAUUCACAAAUACAGCUCCAACACCUUGUCCUUCACUUUGUUCAAAUCCAGCUGAUACAACAUGGUGUUUAACAGAUGUAUGGCAACCAAAAUGCUUAUGUCGAUCACCUUAUGCAUGGAAUGAUGCAACAAAUUCAUGUUCAUUAUGGUGUGAUUGUGGUUGUUAUGGAACAACUAAUGAAAAAUAUGCUGUUAGAACUGUUUGGCAAGAAAGUAAUUGCCGUACAUAUCAAUGUAUGUAUUCAAAUAAUACUGCCGAUGAUUCUCCACAAGCAACAUUAAUAUCUAACAAUUGUUCAAGCUGUGCAUAUUUUGGUUGGUCAACAUGGUCAUCAUGUAAUGUAUCAUGUGGUCGAGGUUAUCAGACACGUAGUCGAUCUUGUCUUAAUUUAAAUACGAAUGCACUAUGUAAUACAUGUGGAGGAAUUAAUAUUCAAACACAAAUAUGUGAAAAAACACCUUGUGAAGUAUGCCAACUUGGCCCAUACGUACCAGCAAAUGAAUGUUCACGAACAUGUGGCAAUGGUACUCAAGCAUUAAAUCGAACAUGUUAUAAUAUAGCCUCAUCAAGUUCAUCAGUUCCACAAUUAUGUUCAGAUGCAAAUCAAUGUGAUACGAACAUAACUAGUAUACGAACAUGUAAUCCAGAUGAGUGUAUCAUUUGUACUUGGUCUACAUGGGUUAAUGGUCGAUGUUCUGUAACAUGUGGUACUGGUACAUAUGUUCGACAACGUUUUUGUAUUGAUCAAUAUGCUAGAAAUUGUACAACAUGUACUCCUAAUAGUGAUAUAAUUAGUUCUCGACCAUGUUUCUAUCCAAGUUGUACAACAAGUCGUCGACGACGUAGUGUUAUUAGUUGGUUGUCUUCAUGAAUCAUCGACGUUAUUCGUCAAAAUGAAAUGAUGUAUGUACUUAAAUCAUCAUUAAAUGAAUGUUUAGAUAUGAUUAGAAUUUCAAAUCAAGCAAUAUGCUUAAUGAUGACUAAAUCUGGUGAUCAACAAUUUACCAAGAUAAUCGAACAAUUAUCAACAAUUCCAUUUGAUGAACGUCAAGCAACAAUUAAUAAAAUUUUUUCUGCUUAUACUCCAUUAAUUGAAGAUAUUACAACGAGAAUAAUGGAUGCUGCUCAACAUCUAAUAAUAAACAAUGACUAA